AUGAAGUCGCGCGUCCUUAAUCAAACCGACGUUUCACAGUACUUUGCACGUAAUACCUUUGGAAUUCGAUAUUCCUACUAUACCGAUGAUAUAAGGACUAGGUUUAGCAACAGUCUUCGCCGCGAAGAGAAUAAACGACGAAAGCGCGCCCACUCUGAUUCUGAAGAUAUUGCACCCGAAGAUCAAGAGCUCUAUAGCUUCAACUCCUUAGGGUAUAAUAGCCAGGCAAUUCAAAGAGCUAGGGGUCGAACAAGAUCACCGAGUAUCCCAAUCUUCCUCCCGACAAUCCCAGAAAUCAUCAAUCUGGAUCCACCAAUAGCAGCUAUACCAAGCACACCUCCUCGUUAUCGAAGCCGUGCAAGUAGUAGCAGCAUCAAACACCGUCCAGUGACACGUUCUACUCGAACUACUACACUUUCUCUUCAGCAAGAGAAGAUUGAAGAAACCCGGAGGAAGAUUCAAGAGCUUCAAGAACAGCUAAGAGACCAGGAGAAUGAGCUAGUUCUCUAA